CCUCCCACUCUCCUCCUAUAAAUUCCUCCCCUAAAAUCUCUUUCCAACAUCACGGUUCAAAAUUCAUCUAGUUUCAAUUCACUUUUCCAGUUUCAUCCCGACCCAGUUCGUGAUUUUCCCUAAUCAAGCUCAGAAAUGGCUCGAACUAAACAGACGGCGAGGAAAUCGACAGGGGGCAAGGCCCCGCGCAAGCAGCUAGCCACUAAGGCCGCCCGGAAGUCUGCUCCGGCGACCGGUGGGGUGAAGAAGCCCCACCGCUUCAGGCCUGGAACAGUGGCGCUGAGGGAAAUCAGGAGGUACCAGAAGAGCACGGAGCUAUUGAUCCGGAAGCUCCCGUUCCAGAGACUGGUCCGGGAGAUUGCUCAGGACUUCAAGACCGAUCUUCGGUUCCAGAGCGGCGCUGUCGCGGCCCUCCAGGAGGCCGCCGAGGCCUAUCUCGUCGGAGUCUUCGAAGACACCAAUCUCUGUGCGAUCCACGCCAAGCGGGUCACCAUCAUGCCUAAGGAUAUCCAGCUUGCGCGUAGAAUCCGAGGGGAGAGGGCUUAGAAAAUGAUAUGUGCUGGUUAGCUACUAGAUGUUUUUCUGCUGGGUUCUGUUGUUUAUCCAGAUCUAUCUUUCUGUAUGUUGAGAAAGUGAGAUGUAAAAAACUUGGAAUUUCAUCCUCUGCUA